CGCGCCCGUGUGCGGCCGCGGUCCCCGCGCGUGCUGCUCCGUGGGCGCGCGGAGCUCCGAGAGCCCCGGGGAGACCCGAGCGGCCCCUCGGCCACCGCCACGCAGCGAGGCCUCCGAGGGCCCGGCCCUGCCGCCGGUGCUGCUACUGUACAGCCCCUCUUGUGCUGCAGUGCUCAUCGGCUGGAUCUGGCAGAAUGGACUAACAGCGGGCUCCUGCAGAUAUCCUUGAUUUGCAGAAGGCAUCUCAAAAUGUUGUGUCGAGCUGCUCUGAGCCCUCUUGUCCGUUCCCCUGGAUGGUGCUUUGUGUCACCGCCACAUGCCAUCGCGGCCAUUUCCCGUUUAUAUUUCCCUUGCCAUAACCAAAGAUUAAGGAAUGAGUCCAUCCGUUGUUGGAGCAACAUUCCAUUUAUCACUGUGCCACUCAGCCGUGCACAUGGAAAAUCAUUUGCACACCGCAGUGAGCUGAAGCAUGCAAAACGGAUUGUAGUAAAGCUGGGUAGUGCUGUUGUUACUCGAGGGGAUGAGUGUGGCUUGGCCCUUGGGAGGCUGGCUUCUAUUGUAGAGCAGGUCUCAAUGCUGCAAAAUCAGGGCCGAGAGAUGAUGAUUGUCACCAGCGGGGCUGUAGCUUUUGGAAAGCAGCGGUUGCGUCAUGAGAUCUUGCUUUCUCAGAGUGUGAGGCAAGCACUUCAUUCAGGCCAGAGUCAGCUGAAAGAUGUGGCUAUUCCGGUCUUGGAGGCCCGAGCCUGUGCAGCAGCUGGACAGAGUGGACUAAUGGCUCUGUAUGAGGCCAUGUUUACACAGUACAGCAUCUGUGCAGCUCAAAUUUUAGUCACCAAUCUGGAUUUCCACGAUGAGCAGAAGCGUCGCAACUUAAAUGGAACAUUACAUGAGCUUUUAAGGAUGAAUAUUGUCCCUAUAAUUAACACUAAUGAUGCAGUUGUUCCACCUCCAGAGCCAAACAGUGAUCUGCAGGGGGUAAAUGUAAUUAGUGUGAAGGAUAAUGACAGUCUGGCAGCACGACUGGCUGUAGAAAUGAAAACUGAUCUCCUGAUUGUUCUUUCAGAUGUAGAAGGACUCUUUGACAACCCUCCAGGGUCUGAUGAUGCAAAGCUUAUUGACAUAUUCUACCCAGGAGACCAGCAGUCUGUAACAUUUGGAACCAAAUCCCGAGUGGGGAUGGGUGGCAUGGAAGCCAAGGUGAAAGCAGCUCUGUGGGCCCUGCAAGGAGGCACUUCAGUAGUGAUUGCAAAUGGAACCCACCCAAAGAUCUCAGGUCAUGUCAUCACGGAUAUUGUAGAAGGGAAAAAAGUUGGAACUUUUUUUUCUGAGGUAAAACCUGCAGGCCCUACUGUAGAACAGCAGGCUGAAAUGGCUCGAGCUGGUGGCAGGACCUUGGCGGCUCUACAGCCUGAGCAGAGAGCAGAGAUUAUUUAUCGUCUUGCUGACUUACUAACGGACCAGAGGGAAGAAAUUCUCUUGGCAAACAAGAAGGACUUAGAGGAAGCUGAAAAUAAAGGGAGAUUAGCACUCCCUUUGUUGAAACGCCUAAGUCUGUCUACUUCAAAGCUAAACAGCUUGGCUAUUGGUCUGCGUCAGAUUGCAGCGUCCUCGCAGGACAGCGUGGGCCGUGUAAUUAGACGAACUCGAAUAGCAAAAGACCUGGAUUUGGAGCAGGUGACAGUGCCAAUUGGUGUCCUUCUCGUGAUCUUUGAAUCUCGUCCUGACUGUCUUCCACAGGUGUCUGCUUUGGCCAUAGCCAGUGGAAAUGGCUUACUACUUAAAGGAGGGAAAGAGGCAGCACAUAGCAAUCAAAUCCUUCAUCAUCUGACACAAGAAGCCCUCUCUAUUCAUGGAGUCAGAGAUGCAGUGCAACUGGUGAACACAAGAGAGGAAGUAGAAGAUCUCUGCCGUUUGGAUAAGCUGAUAGAUCUCAUCAUUCCACGUGGUUCAUCACAGCUAGUCAGGAAUAUCCAGAAAGCUGCUAAGGGAAUCCCAGUGAUGGGUCACAGUGAAGGGAUCUGUCAUGUGUAUGUUGACACGGAUGCCAGUGUUGAGAAGGUCACACGAAUAAUCAGAGACUCAAAGUGUGAAUAUCCUGCUGCCUGUAAUGCUCUGGAAACUCUCUUAAUUCAUCGAGACUUGCUGAGAACCCCGUUGUUUGAUCAGAUCAUAGACAUGUUGAGAGUAGAACAGGUGAAGAUUCACGCUGGCCCAAAGUUUGCAUCUUACUUGACAUUCAGUCCUUCAGAAGUGAAAUCGCUGCGCACAGAAUAUGGGGACCUGGAGUGCUGCAUUGAGGUGGUGGAUAGUGUUCAAGAGGCUGUUGAACAUAUCCACAAAUAUGGAAGUUCUCAUACAGAUGUUAUUAUCACAGAGAAUGAGAAAACAGCAGAGUUCUUCCUCCAGCAUGUGGACAGCGCUUGUGUUUUCUGGAAUGCCAGUACCCGAUUCUCUGAUGGCUAUAGGUUUGGACUUGGUGCUGAAGUGGGAAUUAGUACUUCGCGUAUCCAUGCACGUGGACCAGUGGGAAUUGAAGGACUCUUAACUACGAAGUGGUUGCUGAGGGGAGACAAUCACGUUGUUUCUGACUUUUCAGAGCAUGGGAGCAUGAAGUACCUUCAUGAAAGCCUCCCUCUCCCUCAGAGAAAUGCCAACUGAAAACACUGGGGAGAAAACCCAGGGUAUAAUUAUUUCCCAAAGUUGUUCAGGCUUCAGGUUAAUCUCUGGUGAAGGAGUUUGUUUUUCAUAGUCAGAAACAUUGUCCUUGGUCAUUUUGCAGUACAACGAAUACAAAAUGAUCCCAUCAAUGAGAAUUCUCCCCCUCCCCCCCUUUCAGUUUCCUUAGACAGUAUCUGCAAACUGACCUCACUUCUCCCAAAGACAGAUUUUUUCAAAUCAUACAGGUAACAUAAGGACAGAUUUCAGUAUCAUCUACAUUCUUUUUUUAUCCCAGUGCUCCCUGUAGCAAAUAUAUUUGGUGAUGGAGCCUAAUUUUUUUUUCCUAAGUUUUGUUUUAUUCAAGUAUCUGUUCUGGAGAAUAGACUCAGUAGUUUUGUUUUGAGAAUAUUUUUCUUCAGUCCUAGGAUCAUGGCAUCUCUUGAGGGCCAGAAAACUUUAUGCUUAAUUUCUUUAUAUUUGAUCAGUCUUGAGACAGGGGGACAGAUGUUCCAAAUGUAUAGUAAACUUUUGACCAAGAAACCUUUUAUAUCUAAUUCUUUGUAUUGUUGACUGUUGUAGAUAAAAAACAUAAUUGUCUGCUA